AUAUUCUUUUGUUAGUUAAUGAGAAUGUAAAACGUUUUUAAUAUUCUGAUAAAUUGAUGUGAAUAUAUUAACGAGUUCUUUUAUAUGGAAAAAUAGUAUUUACACGUGUUGAUAAGUAUAUUUAUAAUUUUCCUAUCACGUGUAAUAUAGAUAAUUGGGAAAAUAUAUAUUUUAAUUAUAUUUUUUGGUUAAAAAUAGAGGUGGACGCGUUUAUUUAAUACCUUACCAGAGAGCAAACAGACAGAGCAGUAGAUUUCGACGCUCGGGGUGGGACGCAACGAAUUUUUUCCCUUAACAAUUAAACAAAUCCAAAAUGGCACAAAGGGAAUGUAAACAACCGAAGAAGAUAUGUAUAGUCGGCAGCGGUAACUGGGGUUCUGCUAUAGCUAAAAUUGUAGGGUAUAAUGCCCAAAGGUUGGAUCACCUCGACAACGAGGUUACCAUGUACGUAUAUGAGGAGAUCGUUAACGGAAAGAAGUUAACAGAAAUAAUUAAUGAAACACACGAAAACGUUAAAUAUCUACCGGGGCAUAAGUUACCACCCAACGUAGUGGCCAUUCCGGAUGUAGUUGAUGCAGCUAAAGAUGCAGAUGUUUUGAUAUUUGUUGUACCACAUCAAUUUAUCAGGACUUUAUGUGCAACUCUUCUAGGAAAAAUUAAACCAAAUGCCGUAGGAUUAUCUCUAAUAAAAGGUUUUGAUCGUGCUAAAGGUGGUGGAAUCGAUUUAAUUUCUCACAUAAUAACGAGAAAUUUAAAAAUCCCAUGCUCGGUUCUUAUGGGGGCGAAUUUAGCAGGCGAAGUAGCCGAUGAGAAAUUCUGCGAAACCACCAUAGGAUGCAGCGACAUCACCAUAGGACCUCUAUUAAGGGACAUCAUCCAAACGGAUUACUUCAGAGUUGUCGUAGUCGACGACGAAGACACCGUAGAAAUUUGCGGGGCCCUUAAGAAUAUCGUCGCUUGUGGUGCUGGCUUCGUGGACGGUUUGGGACUAGGAGACAAUACCAAAGCCGCCGUUAUACGUUUGGGUCUAAUGGAAAUGGUUAAAUUCGUCGACGUUUUUUAUCCGGGCGGUAAAUUGGGGACGUUUUUCGAAAGUUGCGGCAUCGCCGAUCUGAUAACCACCUGUUACGGAGGGAGGAAUCGUAAAGUGAGCGAAGCCUUCGUACGUACGGGCAAAAGUAUCAAGGAAUUGGAGGAUGAGAUGUUGAACGGACAGAAACUCCAAGGACCUUUUACCGCAGAAGAGGUUAAUACCAUGUUGAAAACUAAGCAGAUGGAAGACAAGUUUCCCCUAUUUACUACAAUAUAUAAAAUAUGCGAUGGAAAACUUCCACCUUCAGAAUUCAUCAGUUGCAUUAAGAAUCACCCCGAGCACAUGGUUAAAAGUACCAAAUGAAGGGACCAAAAAAAACUUGAAGGUUUAAUGUAGUUCUAAUUUUAUUAUUUUAGUUAUUUAAAAUGUAUGAUUUAAAUAAAUCAUAUUGAUUAUUGAAAUAAAUCAAUUUCCAAAUCAAAUCUGAAA